AUGGCGAUGGCUGUGGAGCGCAGUCGCACCUCCAGCAUGUUCCGUCCCGGACACUCACUGCCCCAGAUUCCAGUCGGGAUCUUCUCCCAGCACGCGGGGCACAUCUGUCCCGUUUUCCCGACCCGAGUCGCCUCUUCCCUGUCGAACGUUCUCUUGCCGCCCGCUCCCAUCUUCAGCUAUGGGCUGCUCCAAGGCUGUGUACCGCCCGAGCCCUGCAAGCAGGCUCUUCUCCUCGCCACGCAGGCGGCGGGAUUGGCCGGAAUUACCGACUACCCCGAUGAGUCAAAGCCGGUGAAGCAGAGGCGAGCACGGGCUAACUACAGCAGUUGGCAGCUGGAAGAGCUGGAGAAAGCGUUCAAGGCUACACAGUACCCAGACGUCUUCAUGAGAGAGGCCCUGGCGCUCAGAUUGGACCUGAUCGAGGCCAGGGUACAGGUUUGGUUCCAGAACCGCAGGGCUAAGAUGAGGAGGCAGUUAAAGCUGCAGAGCAGAUCCUCGGAGAAGAGCAGAGCCCACGAGGCAAGCAGCAGUGCAGAGGAGGAGAAAUGCGGCCGUCUGAAUGUUGAUGUGGUCACUGACAAGAUGGAGAAAGCCACCCUCUCCUGGCCUGAAUCCCAGGUACACCGAAGAGAACACCUAAUUGCUCCCCCGUUCCAGACAGUGGUCCAGGGCAUCAGAGACAGUUCCAGGCCAAGCCCCAAUCCAAAGGAGAUUCGCAGCUGCAGCAUUUCCACACUCCGAGCAAAGGCGAGGAAACAUGAGGCCGAGAUACACAGUGGGGCCGCCCAACUGCUUCCUGUCUCUGCAGGGACUCAAGAGACAAUUGAUGAGGUCAACAAUAAUGAUUUGUAACUGAGUCGCCAGACCGCAAGACAUCCAGCACUGGUGUCAGAGACUGGUUGCACCGUGCACCAUUCUCAGAGGGUCUUGCAACAGAGACUGUGCAAUGGAUGGACAUACAGUGUUGAGUACACAGAGAGAGAGACUGCACAAAAUGUCCAACACAACCAGAGAAUGUGCAUGGAGGCCCUGUA